CCGACCCCCCGCAGCGCCCCCUCCUCUGUCGUCUCUCUCGCGGUCUUCUCCUCUCCCCCCAUGGCCUCCGCCGAAAUCCCCAACGCCGACACCGCGGAACCCAACCCCAGCCCCAACCCCGCCGCCCGUUCGCCGUCGCCUCCGCUCCCGCCGCGCAAGCGCCGCCUCUCCCUCUCCCCUUCACGGUCCGCCUCCCCCAGGCGCUCCGUGUCUCGCUCCCGCUCCCCCCGCGACCGCCGCAGCCGCAGCCGCAGCCGGAGCCGCAGCCGCAGCCGCAGCCGUAGCCGCAGUCGCAGUCGGAGCCGUAGUCCGCGCCAGCCCGAAGGCAAGCGGCGGCGGCAGAACGACCUCACCGUCGAGGCGUGCCGCGACUACCUGCGCGACAGGUGCACCCGCUCCGACCUCGAGUGCAAGUAUGCGCACCCGCACCAAUCCGUUUCCGUCGACCGGGACUCCAAGGUGACGGCAUGCGCGGAUUCGCUGAGGAACAACUGCUUCCGGGGCAGAACCUGCCGCUACUACCACCCGCCUCCUCACAUACAGGAGUCGUUGCUGAGAUCAAUUGGUUUGGACGUCCCACAGGUGAAGACGGUUUGCAGAGAUUUCGCACGUGGGCGAUGUUCAAGAUCAGCAAAUGAGUGCCGCUUCUUGCACCAUUCAUCUGUUCAAGAGUGUGCAAUUGUUUGCCAAGAUUUCUUGCGUGGGAGGUGUGAGCGUAUAUCAUGUAGGUACACUCAUGUCAUAGCACAACCAAUGCUACCCCCACCAAUGAGGGAUGUUCCCAUGCAAAUGCCAUAUCCUGAGAUGGUUUACAUGCCACCACCACCACCACCACUGGGAGUACCUAUGAUGGCUCCUCCUCUCUCACCUCCUAGAGGUUUUGCUGAUAACAAGAACACAGUGGAAGUUUGCAGGGACUACUUGAAGAAAAUGUGCAAUAGAGAAUCAUGUAGAUUUGCACACCCUGAUUCACAAACUGAGGUGGCACAUGACAAGGUUGAAGUUUGCCGUGAUUUUAAACGAGGAGAAUGCACUCGACCUACAUGCCGCUUUUACCACCCAUCCUCAAGCUGAAGUUCUGUUAGAUAAAGUAAAGUAACCUAUAUCCAGUGAUUAUUUUUUUCUUCUCCAAAUCUGGAAUCAGACUAGUAAUAUAUAGCUGCUGAAUACAUAACACAAGAGGCCAUAUACCCCAGGAUACUUUAUCUCUAGUUAACCUAACAUUAUUUUUUUUGGAUUUGUCCAUUCAAAAUAGCUGGAGCAAUGCUAACUUUU